CCGAGCAGUGGACAGAGUAGUAGUGUCUGCACUCAUCACAAACAUGGAACCGUCACCCCCUGUGUCCAAAGACGGGGGAAUCGGUCCUCUUCCUGGGUGUUAUCUUCUUAUCGUCGUAAGUGAACCCCAUACGGAUGACCAUAGAGAGAAAAUAAUACAGAAAAUACGAAAAGGUCUCUUAUCAUGGGAUAUUGAGACUACAGGUUGUGAUCUGAAAGGCCUAGAAAACAUAUGUGAUAGUAUAAAAGAAGCAGGGGAAAUAGAUAACGAAUUACUUCUACAAUACUCAACGGAAUUAUUAGCUGUAGAAAUUCUUGUGCAACCACAAGUUAAUACAUUAAAACAAUGUUUAAAGAAUUUAUUAGUUGCUGUGACUGGACAUAAACAUUUAAUUCACGCUGGUUAUGCCUUUUCUUCAACUGGUUCCUGGAUACUACAGGACGGUACAUUUUCUUUUGGUGAUUUUGUUGAUGCCUUUCAAGAUGCGGAUGUACAAACGGUGCUAAUGUGUUAUCCAGGAUGUUCUGUUCAUGUUCAUUGUAUUUCAGAAGGUGAUUGGACAAAUUCUCAAAUUCAAAAGCAAAUAUUCAACAAAAAUGUAAAAAUAAUCAUCAAUCCAAGCGAAAAAGUCUCGGAAGUUCCGGGAUCUGAAGCCAUUAUUGACUGUUUAAAAAGUGUGUUAAUUAGUCAUCCUUUGGAACAACUAAUGAAAACCUCAUCCAUUGUUGGUAAUAUUCGUUUCAGUAGACCUACUUUAUAUGUUUUUCCUGGUGGACAAGGUGAUUGUGCUUUGUUUGGCGUAAGUGGAUUUAAUAUGUUAUUCGAUGGUGGCUAUACAAGGAAACCAUGUUUUUGGGAAUUCAUCAGACACUUGGAUAGAUUAGAUGCAAUGGUGGUUACAAGAUUAAGUGAAAGUAAUUUAUGUGGAGUUACGACGCUGUUAAAAAGAAAGGUAAAUAAAAAAGUUUAUCCUCAAAUAGGUUAUGUAUUUUGUAAUAUUGCUGAAUGUAAACAAUCAUUAUCUGAUGAUUUUUACUCGAGUAAAGACGAUUUAUUAAUUAGUGUAAUUACCGAAGGUUAUCAAUUUCUAAAAAAUUUACACCAUUUAGAUUUAAAACCUCACAGAUGCCUUAGAGGUCCAGUAAUGGAACCAUUGACACUCUAUCAUAAAGUAGGACAUGGGACACUAGAAAUGUAUGUUUUAAGUCCUUCAAAAGAUGGAAAAGAAACAAGAGAAUUUUUUCAUCAAUGGCAAACACUUAAAGAAAAAUUUUUUUCUAGUAAAACAUCAAUCAGGCCUCACGAACUAUGUUUUCCUUUAUCACAUUUCAUGUCAAUCUGUGCAAUAAUUAUAUGGAAGCCAGCUGAUCCAGAAGAUACGAUCACUCGUAUAAUGUUUCCUGGAAGUGCUCCACAAAACAGGAUAUUUGAAGGUUUAGAUAAAUUAAAAGAUCUUAAAUUAUUACAAUAUAGAACUUGUACAGCUACGUCAUUAAAAACAACUAUCAGUGAAAAAACCGAAUUUGACAAAGCAUACUUGAAAUCUAUAGCAGUAAUGAAAUCUCCAUCGACAAUUCCAACAGAUCACGCUCCCUUUACAUUACCUCAAGACAUUAAACAUAAACUAAUUGGUAUGGGUGAUGCUAAUAUUACAGAUAUCACAACGCUAUCACCAAAAAAAGUUCAAAAGAUAAAACUUUCAAAGAAAGAAGAAAAAUUUAAGACAGAAAUAGGAAAAAAACCAAUCGAAGACACGGUAAUACAAAAAAUGCCAACAACAAAAGGUGUAAAAGAUCUAAAAAAUUUGCAAGCAGUUGAACAACAAAAAAUAGAAAAAGUACCAAAAGAUAUUAUACUUAUACGUAGUCCAAUAAAAAAGACUAAAGAAAAAAUCACAACGGUAAAAAGAGUGGCAAAACCAUCACCAAAACGAAAACGAAUAACAAGUGUCAAAGAACUUUCGCUAACAAGAAAAAUUAAACCAAAAGAUAAAUUAACAAUUAAACAAUAUGAAACGCCUAAGAAAUAUGUAAGAGAAAAAGAAAAGAUAAUAAAAAAGUUAAAGCACCCAACAACAAAAACACUAGAACAAAGAGCACUUAAAAGAAAACUAGAAAUGACAGCUAAAAUGAGAAAACUUGCAACACAAAAAAAAGAAAAAUUGAAAAUUACAUCAAAACCAGAAAAAGAUUUAAAGACAGAAGAAAAAGGUGAAAAAAUUAUAGAAAAACAAAAAGAACAAAUAAUUACUGAGGAACAACAGGUAGCAGAGAAACAAAUUUCGGAAAUAGAAGAAAAAAAGGAUGAAACAAAAACAAUUGAGACAGAACCAAUAAAAAAAUCAGAGAAAACGAAGGUAAAAAUAAUAAAACGUAAGAAACCCUUGACACAACUAAAACAAAAGAAAGAUAUCACAUUAAUUACAAAACCAAUUGAAACAACUGAGAAGCAAAAAGUAACUAAACCAAAAAAAACAACUAUACCACCAGCAAAACCAACAGAAAUCACAAAACGCAAAGAAACAAAAAAGAUACCAAUAACACCAGAAAAAAAGAAGAAAAUACAACCACCAAUGAAAAAAGAAAUAAAAGAAAUUACAGAAAAGGCAGAUAUCGAAGUAUUAAAACCUAAAAAAAUGAUAACACCAACAUCACCAAAAAAACAAAAACUACCACAAAAAGAUAAACAGAAAAAACUUGUCACAAAAAAGAAAAAAAUCAUAGAAACAGAAAAACAAAGGAAAAUAAAACCUACAAUUCCAGAAAAACAAAAAAAAAUAGAAGCAGUACCAAAACCAAUAAGACCAAUCAAAAAACAUUUAGAAAUCAAAACAGAAGAACAAAAACGUGCAGAAAAAGAAAUUCCAGAUACCAAAGAACAACCUCCAUCUCCAAAAGUUGUGACUAAGAUUAUCACUAAAGAAGAGAUCGAAGAAAUCGAAGCCAAACCUGCAGUGGAGAAAGUAGUUUCUCCGAAAGAAGAGAUCGCAGAAAAACCAGAAAUAUCACCUAAAGAAGAAAUCAAAAAAGAAAUACCCGAAGAAAUCGAAGUUCCCGAAGCCAACACGGAAGAACUCGUCGAAGAGGUGGAAGAAAUUGUCGAGAAGCCUGCAGUUGAAGAGGCCAAAAUAUCUCCUAAGGAAGAAGUUGUUACCGAAGUCGUAGAGGAGGUGGAGGAGGUCGAAAUCACACCCAAAGAAAAAAUCACCGUCGAAAAAAUUACCACUGAAGUCACAGAAGAAGAAGUGACCGAGGAAGUCGAGGUGGUAACAAAAGUCAAAAAGGAAGUAAUCACCGAGGUCACCAAGGAAGAUGUCGUUGAAGUCGCCGUCCCAGAACCCGAAGUUGCCAAAAUCUCACCCAAAGAAGAAAUCGUCACCGAAAUCGUAACCAAAGAGGUCACCGAAGUGGAAGUGAGGGAAAUCACGGAAGUAGUGAAGGAGGUUGCAGAAAAACCAGAAGUAGAGAAAAUAUCGCCCAAAGAAGAGAUUGUCGCCAAAGAAGUCACAGAAGUCGUCGAAGAGAUCGUAGAGAAGCCCGCGGUCUUUCCAAAAGAAGAAGUUGUGACUGAGAUAAUCACUAAAGAAGAGAUCGAAGAAAUCGAAGCCAAACCUGCAGUGGAGAAAGUAGUUUCUCCGAGAGAAGAGAUCGCAGAAAAACCAGAAAUAUCACCUAAAGAAGAAAUCAAAAAAGAAGUCCUGGAAGAAUUCGAUGUUUUGGAAACAAAAUCAUUUAAAUCUGACAUCGAAGUGGAAGAAUUGAUUGAAGAGUUUGUCGAAGUUUUAGAAGCGCCUGUAGGUGAAGAACCGAAAACUUCGCCCUCCGAGGAAUUUGUUGAAAUAAUACCUUCAUUAGAACCUGUGACAUUUGACAGUGGUAAAGAAACUUAUGUUGAAGAAAUUAUCGAGGAAUCUUUCGUUGUGAUCCCGGAUGUUUUACCUGAGGAAUUACUUCGUGAUGAGGUUGAUGAUAAAGAUUUCGUCGAUGGUUCCUAUUAUGUAUCAGAUUCACCGAAAAUUUCUGUUUCUCCGAAGGAGGAUUCAAUUUCGAAAUAUUUGACCAUUGAAGUAACUGAGGAAAUAGAAGAAAUUAUAGAAAAACCAAGUUCUGAGGAUGAAUACUUUCCUGAGGAUGAUGUUCUUUCUUCGUUUUCAAGAAAAGAUGAUACUGGUAUUUGUUCAAUACUGGAGACUCAAAAAUUGGAAGAUGCUGUUAUUAAAGAAAUUUCCAGCAUGACAGAAGUUAUUUCUGAAAUAGUAAGUGAUGAAAGACGUGAUGUUGGUGAAAUUUUGCAUUUUUCUCCUGAAGUUGUUUCACCUGUAGAUCGAUAUUUUGUCGAAGAGACUAUAGAGGUCGAAGAGGUUAAGGCUUCUGAAAGUGCGAGUGAUUUAUCAUCAAAAGAUGAUGUUUUCUUAGAGGAUUAUAAAACAGAUAUAUGUGAAGAUGUAUUACCAAUAAAAAAAGUUUCUCCAAAAUCUGAGUUUAAAAAGGAAAUUGAGAAGGGUAAAGAAAUAUACAGAACUGAACAAAUAGAAAAAGGAAGUAUAUACGAAACGCCUUCAGGAAAACGAAUGUUAGUUACAGAAAAAGAAGAAGCAAUACGAGAAAAACCAGAACCAAGUGACAUACUUAAACACGAUGAUGUCCCUAAAGUAGAAGCAUUGGCCAAAACAGUCAUAGAUGAAGAAAUAUCUACUGUAGAAAGAGAAGAACCGAAAGAUGAAGAGAAAACAACCGAUGAACAAACCAAAAGUGUAACUGUUGUGAAGAAAAUAUUCACAAUGCCAUCAGAAACAGAUACUAAAACAGAUGAAAACGUCAUUGAAACUAGAAUUCAAGAGGAAGAUGGCACUAUCCGCAUAAUAAGAAGAUAUAUCACAGAAACAACAACUAUCACACGAACUACUACAACUACGACAUCAGAAAGCUUAGAAGGUCCAGACGAAACUGUAACAGAAUCAACAGAAACUACAGAAAGCGAAGAUGUUCAACGUAUCAAAGAAAGUAAAGAUUUGGAAGAAAUCAAGAAAAUGCCAACAGAAACAGAAACGGACACAAGUACCAAAGUAAUUGAUGCUACGUCUCCAACAGUUGUAACAAAACACAAAGUAAUCAGAAAAAUAAUAAGAAAAAAACCAGAUGGUACAACAGAAGUCCAAAUUUUAGAUGAUGAUGAUGAUCAAUUAGAUGAAAUAGAAAUCUGUGAUACAGAUAAAAGUAUUGAAAAACUUUCUCCUGAUCAAGCUUUAACAGAAACACCUGAAACAAAAGAAUCUCUAGAUACUUCAGAAAUCGUUUUGACUGAAGCUGUAUCACCAACUGUGACACGUAAAGUAUUUGUCACUAAAACAAUAACAAAAACACAGACUGAAGGCAGAGAAGGUGAAACAUCUGUUGUCGAAGAAACGGUCGAUGAUACUGCUGACACAGAAGAUGUGAAAGAAGAUUCUUCAGUUAUUACUAAACUUAUUGUGAUACGUAAAAUAAUACGAAAAAAACCUGACGGUACAACGGAAGUUGUAGUAUUGGAAGGAGACGAUCAGUUAGAUGAAACUGUUUCUCCCUCCACUGAAACUAAAGAACUUGAUACAGAAGAUAUCUCAGACAGUGUUAUAACUGAAACAUCAUCUCCAACUGUAACAAAGAAAGUGACCGUUACCAAAACAGUAACGAAGACACAAACUGAAGGCAGCGAAGGUGAAACAUCUGUUGUCGAAGAAACGGUCGAUGAUACCGCUGACACAGAAGAUGUGAAAGAGGAAGAUUCUUCAGUUAUCACUAAACGUACUGUGAUACGUAAAAUAAUACGAAAAAAACCUGAUGGUACAACGGAAGUUGUAGUAUUGGAAGGAGACGAUCAGUUAGAUGAAACUGUUUCUCCCUCCACUGAAACUAAAGAACUUGAUACAGAAGAUAUCUCAGACAGUGUUAUAACUGAAACAUCAUCUCCAACUGUAACAAAGAAAGUGACCGUUACCAAAACCAUAACAAAAACACAAGCUGAAGAUAGUGAAACAUCAGUUACUGUAAAGGAUGACAGUGAUAUGAAAUUGUCAGAAGAAUUGUUAGUUACACCAACAACAAGUACUGUAACUGUCACUAAGAAAGUUAUAAUAAAAAAGCCCGAUGGAACAACCGAAGUACAAAUUAUAGAUGAUGGAAAACUAUCAGAAGAAGUAAUUUCUUCUGAAAUUUCGCAUGAAAAAUCGUCUGUAACAAAAGCACUUACUAUUUCAGAAUCAAAAUGUGAAGAAAAGUCAGAAAUUUCUAGUUCUAAAUCUGAAACAAAAACUAGUGAAUUAAAGCAGGUGAUGAUAGAACGCAGUACUAAAGAAACGACAGCUUCGUCAUCCAAAGAUUCUCAAGAACCGUCCUCAUCCUCUAAAACUGAAUUCGACGUCAAAGAAUGGGGUAAGCCAAUGGGUCUUCCUUCUCCCCCUGAACAAUCUGUAACUAGUCAUCAAUUUGAGCAAGGAGCAAAGCCAAAAUCAUCUACUUGUGAAUUACCAACUAAACAUGAGAAAUUUAAUUUUGAAAUGCCACUUGGGCUUCCAACUCCUCCAGAAGAAUUAACUUUUGAUAAUGCAAAAAUUUCAACUCGACAUACGACAAAAUCUAAAGUUAUGAAAUCUUCAACUUUAACUAAAGCAACAAAAGCCUCAGAAGAGAAACGAUCAACCAAAUAUUCUACAGAUAAUGUUAGUUCUCCUACAAGAAGUGUCACUUCGUCUCCAAAGCAUAAAUUAUCGUCAAAAAAGUCUCGAGGUGAUAAAGACGAUAUUACACCAGUUUAUCUUGAUUUAACUUACGUCCCUCAUCAUGCUGAUCCACAUUACUCGAAUUUAGAAUUCUUUCUUCGUGUAAGAGCACGGUAUUAUGUUUUUAGUGGAACAAAUCCUAGUAAAGAAGUACUUAACGCGUUAUUAGAAGCUAAAAGAUCUUGGGAAGAUAAAGACGCUGAAGUCACGAUUAUUCCAACAUACGAAACUGAUACAUUAGGUUAUUGGAUAGCUUUGAAUCAAGACUUGUUGGCUGAAAACAAAAUUGAUGUCGCUCCUUCAGCCAAUAGGUGUACAAUCAAUUUACAAGAUCACGAAACAAGUUGUGCUGCCUAUCGCCUUGAAUUUUGAACAAACAAUUGAAAGUAUUGUGAAAAUCUCAGUGAUUAUGGACCUUCAAUAAUUAAGGCAUUGCGAUUUUAAUGCAGAAAUGCUUUCUCUAAAAAGAUGAAAGCAUAUCUCCAUAUAAAAUUCAAUUUUGUCAAAAUAUUGUCAAAAUCGGAAAUGUAGAAUGUUAAAUAUUUUUCCCUCAACGAGACCCCUUUUAGUGCCUCAAAUCAGUGAUAAUGGGGUUAAUGACUGUCUAUAUUAACAGGUGAUAUCACGUUUUAGUUUAAUGUUUAACCUCACCUGUUUGAACACAAACGCGAGUUUUGUUUGAUGUGUGAAUGAAGAGUGUAUGAAUGCGUGUGCAUGUAUGAAUGAUUGUGUAUGUACUGUACAUCAGCAUUUGCAAGGAGGUAACUAAUAAUUUAUAUGGUGCAGGCUCUGAGAACCUGUUGUUCCUUGAAGCACUUGUUUAAAAUGGCCGGUUGCAUCUUUGGAUAUCUCAUCUAUUGUUAAGUCCAACACGGUUCCUAGGAAAUGUUAUGUUUCUUUGAAGCCUGUUGAAUAAAUUUCUCUUUUAAACAGGCACAUACACAACAGUGCCAACAAUGCUUCCAAUGUUUUUAAACUUUAGCAUUACGUGAUAGUUUUUUUGAAUUUAGUACCAUCUAAUGCUCUUUCGAAAAUUUUACAUUGAAAUAAUAUUAAUAACUUAAUCAUUAUGUUAUUAAAUAUAUUUACAUUGAAAAUUAUUGGCAAAAUAAAUGCCGUCCGUUAUAAGUAUAUCAAUCAAUUUCAAUGUAUUUAAAUGGAAAGAGAACAUUUCUUUGUAAAUUAAAUUAGCUUCGUUUCACAUAUCAUUUUUAAUUAAAUUAUUCGUAUAGUAACAUAAAUUUGUUACGUUUAUAAAAGCUCUUCCAUAUUUAUCCCAUUCGAUUAGUGCAGUACUAAAUCAAUCACGACUUUACUAAAAUUGGCCAUCUAUGCACAGAUACUGUUUUUAAAAGUAAAAGUAAUUUUCACUCAAAUGGCUUCCAUUAUCAUCCAGUGGAUGAUACAGUGUCGAAUGUCGAUGUAAACAAAAUGUUAAAACAACAUUUAUAGUCAGUGAAUCUUUAUUCACCCCAGUUUUGUUUCGAACAAUCAAAAAAUAUUUCACAUUAACUCUGCAAUACAGCGUGAAUUAAUGAAAAACAAAGAAAUUCAAAGUACUAGGCCUAUAUAUUAUUGGAAUAACUCAGUCAAAAAAAUAAUCUGAAAAGGAAAUUAAGGGAUUUUGGAAAAAAAUAUACACAUAUAUACAUAUAUAUAUAAAAACAAACUCUACUCGUUUAGUAAACUUUACUAAAAAUUAUGCAUUAAAUAUUUGCUGUGAAUUUAAACGAUUUGAAAUCUUGUACAUCAUACAUUACCAAAAAUUCAACUUUGUUGCUUGCCAAACAAAGUCUUCUGAUAGAUGAAAGCCUUUGUGCCUAGAACACUGAACAUUAGAAACCAUUCAUAGGAAGAUGUUUUGUUAUUUCCAAAUUUUGCAAUGUCGUUUCGCUUUAAAAUAAUUGCCCAAAACAAGUUAAUAGAUCUCAGCAAUCAUUUAGGAACCGCUUAUUAGAAAAUGCAUAGGUAAUAAUCAGUAUACCCGCAAACUUAACAUUCCCCACAUAUUAAAUGUUUUCAUAAUAUGUGGUUCAUGACGUUUUUUACAUCAAACUCCUGAAAUCGAAAGCAUAUAUUCAUUUAAAUUUAAACUUUUAUGUUAAAUCCCUACUGGUAAUUAAAUUGUUGUAUACAGGUGUACGAAAAAUAAAUUUAGCAAGCAGCUUCAAAACUUUUAAAUUAUUUGAAAAAUUACUUAAUUACUUUGGAAGUAUCUGCUAAAAUUAAUGGUACAAGUUGAUAUCGUAUUACAUUAGCGGAUAACUUCAAAGUAGUGCCUUAUUAUAACUCCGCGCCAAAAAUUGAAAGUGUAUGUGAGUAUAGAUUAUUAUAAAAUUUUAGUAGGGUUCAGUGAAAAGAAGCACUUGGUGAAUCAUGAAAAAAAAAUCUAUCAGAAUAAUUGGCCGUGAAUGAGCUGUAUCAUAAUUCAUCAAAAUUUCAAACAUGGUUUAAUUUCUGUAUUUUAUUCGAUAAUGGUAUUAAGAAAGGGUUUAAUCAAAUAUAACUAGAGCUUUUUACCAGGUCUUUAAUUUAUCAUUCCUACAUCAGAAAGUGUACAUAUAUAAAUAUUAUUCCAACUGACGCUACGAGGAUAACACCCAGGAAUUAAGGCACUUUAAAAAGAUAAGACACUACGAAAUAUUUAUAAUUUCGUUAAAACUGGUUGUUUCAUUUAAAUUAUAAUCGGCUAUGUUUGAUAUUUUUAUUAUAAUUUAAGAAAUCGCUAUGUGAUCGACAAUAUGUUUAAAAUUUUAUAUGGAAAUGAUUCAUUUUAAAUGAUUUGUAUUCCGAAAGAAUUUAGAAAAGUUUCUAUUUAGUAAAAUUAUUAUAUGUAACUUAAUUAUGUUGAUUCGGUCUCUUAAUUAUUGUAUAUUGUGGUGAUGUUCUUAUUCGUUUUAACCGUUGCAAUCCAUCACCACAUAUUGUUCAUGCAAACGUUGUUAAUAAACCUUGCUUCCUGCCAAAUAAUUGUUUUGUGUUCAUUAUUUAUCAUACGAGAUUAACCGUAUUACAAAUUCACAAGAGGGUAUCUUAAAAUCAUAAUUAAAUAUCUGAAAAUAAUUGAAAACAUUUUUCAUUUUCAUUUUCAUAAAGGGGAUGAAGACUCGGGACUACUCAUUGGUAUUGCCCGAAAUUGAGAACAUAUUGCAAAAUAUAUACAUCU